UUCCAGCGGCCCCAGGAGCAGUACCCCCCGCUGAAGUUCGGCACGGUGCCCAACGGCAGCACGGAGAAGAACAUCCGCAGCAACUACCCGGCCAUGCACAGCUACAUGGUGCCGUACAACCAGCGCGGCGUGGAGGACGCGCUGCAGCACCUCAAAACGGGGAAGCUGGACGCCUUCAUCUACGACGCGGCCGUGCUGAACUACAUGGCCCGCAAGGAGGAGGGCUGCAAGCUGGUCACCAUCGGCUCGGGGAAGGUCUUCGCCUCCACGGGCUACGGCAUCGCCCUGCAGCGGGGAUCGCGCUGGAAGCGCCCCGUGGACCUGGCCCUGCUCCAGCUCCUGGGGGACGACGAGAUCGAGAUGCUGGAGCGGCUCUGGCUGUCGGGGAUCUGCCACCAGGAGAAGCUGGAGGUGAUGAGCAGCAAGCUGGACAUCGACAACAUGGCCGGGGUCUUCUACAUGCUGCUGGUGGCCAUGGGGCUGAGCCUGCUGGUCUUCGCCUGGGAGCACCUGGUGCACUGGAAACUGAGACACCUGGGCACACCUGGGCGGCUGCGCUGCCUGCUGGCCAUCAGCAGGGGCAUGUACAGCUGCUGCAGCGCCGGACCCCCCCACGCCCCCCCCCCCACGCCCUGCGCGCCCCCUGCGCGGCCGCCCCUCCCCCCACGACCCCUUCACGCCGCCCUGGCCCCGCCGCCCCCCCGCGGCCUCUACGAGCCCCUGGGGGGGGGUCCCCGAGAAGACCCCGACCCCCCCUUCGCGUACGCGCGCUUGGCCUACGAGGACGAGCGCAGCCCCCCGCGCCCCCCCGCGAGCGGCCCCCGCCGCCCCCCCCCCGCGGGGACCCCGAGGCUCAGCCGCUGCUGCGGCCCCGCCCCCACCCUCACCUGUGCCGGGGGGGGCACCCCCCACCUGGCGCCCCUCCCCCACCACCACGCCCCUCCCCCCCCGCUGUACCCCGACAUCUCCGACUCGGACUCGGAGGGCUGCGAGGCCGCCCCCUCCCCCACCGCCCCCCGCCGCCGCCCCCCCCUCCUCCGCCGGGCCCCUCCCCCACCCGCCGCAGACGCCGCCGCCCCUCCCCCACUCGGCGGGGCCGCCCCUCCCCCCCCCGUGCUGGUGACCCCACAGGUGACCCUGUGA